AAAAAAGUUACAUGAUUGUUUUGAAUUUGGGAUUACUCAAUGCCUAAAAUCUAGCGUGAUCGCCCAAAACCACUCUAAUGACUAGUUUGGAAAAUACUUUUAAAAGGAGGGUUAUUGUUAUGGGUGGAUCACCUGAGCACAAUUGGAGAUGUGUAGAGGAAUUUACGAUAAAAGGUCUAUGGUAAGGGAUUUUUCGACUUAUAGCAAGGGUUUUACCCGUGCUAAAAGUUGUAGCAAGAGUUUUUCUAAUUCCUGGAUGAACUCUCGCCAAUGUUGUCCCUGCUACAUGUAGCAAGGGGUUUUAGCAACC